AUGGAUGCAGAUAUCAUUAAGUGGAGCAACAAAGAAGUUUUAGAAACAUUACAUAAAGAGAAGAUAUCCAGCUUCAUAGUAGACAUAUGUAAAUCUCAAGACAUAGAUGGGCAAUGUUUGCUUUCCUUCGUUGAUCGUGAUUUCUAUGAUUAUCCAUUUGAUCAACUAAAACUAGGUGAAAGGAAAAGAUUUAUUUUAUUAGUGAAAAAAUUACAAAAACGCAAUCGAAAUGCAAUGUGUGAACUUGGUUUGUGUGAAGAUCAAACAUUAAUUAAUCCUGCUACUAAUAUUAAUUUUGUUGGUACUAAUUUAUCACAUUUGAGCUAUAAUCUUCACAAUCAACUACAAAAUGAACUAUAUGAGAGAAAUUCAGAAUGUCCAUCAACUUUUAGUACAGAUGUAAAAGCUUCCAAAUUAAAACCCGAAGUAUGGAAAACUGCUAUAGCUUUAGGUUACGUGUUUUUGGUAACAUGGGUUACAGCAGUUGUUAUGGUCAUUGUCCAUGAUAAAGUCCCUGAUAUGAAAAAAUAUCCACCACUGCCUGAUCUCUUUCUUGACAAUGUACCUCAUAUUCCCUGGGCAUUCGACAUGUGUGAAAUAACAGGUUCCUUCCUUAUGGCUAUUUGGUUGGUUGUACUGUUUUUCCACAAACAUAGAUUCAUAAUUCUGAGAAGAUUCUUUGCAUUGGCUGGAACAGUGUUUUUAUUGCGCUGUUUCACUAUGUUGAUAACGUCGUUGUCGGUGCCUGGGUCGCACUUGAAGUGCGAGCCUCGGUUCUACCCUCCCGCAGACGACCUCACCGUGUGGGGCCGACGUCUGCACCAGGCCUACGAUAUAUGGAGCGGUGCCGGAAUGUCUGUACGAGGGGUACGCACGUGCGGUGACUACAUGUUCUCUGGACACACCGUUGCGUUGACGCUGCUCAACUUUUUCAUCACUGAAUAUACUUCACGCAGCCUGUACCUGCUGCACAUACUGACGUGGGUGAUGAACAUGUUCGGCAUAUUCUUCAUUCUGGCAGCGCAUGAGCACUAUUCUAUUGAUGUUUUUAUUGCGUUUUACAUUACGUCGCGUCUCUUCCUUUACUACCAUACGCUAUCUAAUAAUCAAGCCUUAAUGCAGAAUGAUUCUUCCCGGACGAGAAUAUGGUUUCCACUGUUGUCCUUCUUCGAGUCGGAAGUGGAUGGUAUAGUGCCUAACGAGUACGAGGGUCCAAUGGAAAUAGUGACGAACUUGAAGCUUUGGGUGUUUCAAUUGGUCGUAGACGUGAAGAGGUCGUCCAUGGCCAAGGUAGCAGGCAGCAAGUUGCAGGAAGGUGCGGCGAUGGGGGAGUACUCCGUAGUGAGGCUCGUGGACGGCAUCAAAAGGAAUCUUAGUCUAAUUGAAGAAUAUAAGAGCUCGCGACAAAGGCUCGUAACUCUCGACAAAAACGUUCAGGCCGGACUGUUGGAAGAGUUGCCCGACGCCGAACUGCGACACAGGAACAUCGCAGAGCUCGCCAGCGACUCGGUUUUUAAAGAAUUUAGCAACCCACCCUCACCAGUCAUGAAAAAAAAUAUA